AACACACCCAUCCUUCCGCCCUCUUCACCCUCUCCGCCCUCUCCACCCCCUCCGCCCCUCCACCCUCGCUACUCCGGGUACUCCCCCAUCUACCAGCACCGCAAUGGCGUCCGGUGCAGCCAAAUUGAUCCCCAGCGAUCCGGAAAAGGUGAUGGUGAUCCGCAAGAUCACGCCGGAUAUCAUCACCUGCAGCACGCCUUUCCUGCGCUUUGGGCGGAUCAAGGUUGGAGGACGAGGCACAAUCGUGCGACUAGCCACGGGCAAUCUCGCCGUCUUCUCUCCCGUCGCCUUGACAGAUACAGUGAAGCAAGAGAUCGCAAGCCUGGGAGGAAAGAUGGGCUACAUUGUCGCGCUCGAUCAGGAACAUCACAUUUUUCUGGAGAGUUAUCACAAGGCCUACCCAGAAGCCAAAGUUCUCAUGCCCGAGACCCUGCCCAAAUACCGCGAGAAGCAGUCCUAUUUCCAGAUCCCCAGAGACAAUGAAGUGCUAUUCUACCCCAACAAGAAACCCGAGAUUUCACCCGAGUUCGACGCCGACUUCGACUAUGAAUAUGUCCAUGCACAUGGCAACAAGGAACUCGUCUUCAAUCACCGCAAGUCUGGCACCCUUAUCGAAGCUGACUUGCUCUUCAACAUGCCAGCAACCGAACAGUUCAGCAAGACGGAUCUGGACCCUACGACCGGCCUGUUGACCAAGCUGUUCAACAGUCUGCAGCACACGAGAGGUGCGGCUCUGGCACAGAAGAGAGUUAUAUGGUAUGGACUGGCGAACCCCAGACCCGCCUUCAGCGAGAGUAUGAAGAAGAUCAAUGGAUGGUCGUUCGAUCGAAUCAUACCUUGCCACGGGGAUGUGAUUGAGACUGGGGGAAAGGGCAUCUUCGAGAAGAUCAUGGAGUGGCAUCUGCAGGAUGGGGCGAAGAUGUUGUAGGAGGAUAUUUGAGCAGAAGCUUAUGGUGGUCAUGUGAGAUUUGCAUGAAGCCAUAGGUUCUAAUUGAGAAGCAGAAACGACCAAAGUUUAAAAGGUAAUGUCUUUACGUCUUGGGACCACGUUCGAUGACAAGCUGUUCAUGAAUCAAGGACUAUUCACCAUUCACUCCGCAGACUCCACAUUUUUCACGUUGGAUCAUGC